AUGCGCUUCUCACAAGCAACACUUGUUUUCCUCGGACUCGCUGCCUCCGCCAAUUGCGCAGUUGUCGCCCGUUCCAAGGGAAAAGAUGACCCUCGUCCUACUUGCCCACCCGCCCAAACAGUCACAGCCGGCUACACCAUAACCGAGACCUACAUCUCCACCGUCUACGUGCCCACCACCACAUCCUCAGACGACAACCCCCACACCAACUCCUCAGACGACAACUCCUCCCCGACCAUCACCUCCCCCUCCACACCACCCAGCACAACCAAAGGCCCCGAAGACAACCCGCACACCGACCGCACUGCCAGCGACGACAACCCCAAAACCAAACUCAAGCGCAGCGGCGGCGGCGACGAUGGUGAUGACGAUAAAGAACUUCGCACCAAAACAAUAACCGAGUUCACCAAGACCAUCUACCCAGCAUGUACAGGGCGUCCUCGCUCCUCCUCCUCCUCCUCCUCCUCCGCAUCACCAUCACCAUCUCAGUCUGAAGAUAAUGCCAGGACUGGAUCCUCGUUAUCGGAUAAUAACUCGCCGUCUGCGUCUACAUCGUCGGGUGUGGAGGAUAAUACGACGAAAGUUGAGGAUAAUACUGCUAAGCCUACUGGAACGAGCAGCAGUGGAGCGGAGGAUAAUACGGCUGCGGCUGUGAAGAGCGAUGAUCAUCCGAAGACGAAGAGGGGUCAUGAUGAGACGACGGUGACGGUGACGUAUUAUACGAAGACUGUUACGGCGAGGUGUAGGACGAGGACGAGUUCGAGUUUGAGUGUGGAGGCUACGAGCUCUGUUUAG